AUGCUAGAGAGCACACGGUGUGGUCUACACCAAAAUGUAUCAAUCUACCCUCCCGCGUUACAGCCCAACUCCGUGGUCGCCGGUUCCUCCCCCGUCUACAGAAGAUGGAGACGCCAAUGCCAAGAUGGAGAGACUGGGUCCAAAAGCGAGAAAACACCGAGACCUGGCUGGUCACCUGAGAACCUGGGAGCGGCUACACCUGCCGGUGCCGAGUCGACCGAGACGUCUCGCAGUUCUCUGCGCUUUACGCUUUCCACGCUUCCUACUGGGGAAUUUGCCGAAAAGCAGCGGGGAAAAGCUACACCCUGGGAGCUUGUUGUCUUCUGUGAUGAUGGCGUGUGA